UCAGUUUGACCGCUCGGCGGAACCAGCCCGCCCGACUGGGAGACCGACCCGUGCCCGAUUGCCUGAAUGAACUUACCUGCAAACUGCGACCCAUGUCGUUUGCACUAUAAAAUUCUGUGCUCUCGCGAUGCGUAGUAUAUAUCGCGUCCAUUAGACACAGCAAAGCGCCCCGUAAUUCUGGCCUUUCUGUUCGAAAGCGAGCUAUAUCCACGCCGAGUAUCUUUCUUCUUGGCCCAAACAUUAUAGCUUAUCUCCGUGCCAUCACUAGCGCGUUCCCAAUACUCAUGAAUUGCUCACUCGCGCGGUACCACACGGUGUCCCACCCAACCACCAUUUCCAUGACGUCGGACCCGACUACAAUCCCCAUCGCAAGGAUCCCUCCAGAACUCUUUCUUCUCAUUCUAGGGUUCACCCUCAACCCCUGCCAGUAUCAUACAGAUGACAUCUUCCGGCCAAUUGCGUACAGCCACGUCUGUAGGAGCUGGCGAGCCCACCUAUUCGGCGCCUCUGACUUCUGGAGUCUUUUGGAUCUACGGUACCCCACCAUCGCCCGCGAGUUCUGUGCACGCUCGCAGUCCUGUCCGAUUCGCGUUUGUUUUUCCCAGUCGGAGUCUACGAUCAUCCCGCAAAACAUACCCACCGCGUUUGCAUGGCUGUCUCCCCAUGCUCACAGGAUGGAGGGAUUGUACCUUGCAGCAAGCCAGACGAUAAUUCGAGAUGUCCUAUCCGUGGUCCAACCCGCCGCGCCGGCUCUCGAGCAACUUGGCAAAUGUUUGUCACCCGACUCUACCGGCGGGCCAGUCCUCGCGCUGAAAAUUCGUGCAAACAAGGUACAACGACUCAGUCUAGACGGGUUUCAUGCGAUCGACUGGUCAGGGGUCGUUCAACGUCUGACGAGCUUGACGAGCCUGAUGCUCACGCGCCUGGGCGGCGAGCGAUCAAACAUUCCAAUACCCCAACUCUUUUCAAUCCUGUCGAACUGUCCGAGGUUGCGAUGCCUGACGUUGCUAUCUGCGCUGUCGCCAUGGCCGACAGAGAUCACUACCAUUCCCAUCGUCGAGCUGCCGGAACUGGAGUAUCUAGAGGUUUCCCAUCGUUGCCCCGACGAUGUCGCCCGGCUCCUCGAGCACCUCUCCUUCCCGUCGACGACCUCACUGACAUUCCACGCGCAUGGUAUCAGAAACCUCUCGUCUCUACUUCCCAGGAACCUCACCUGCCUCGGGCUAGCCGCCUCCUUCGGCACCGACGACACGCCGGUGACCCAACUCUGCCGCAUCUCGCCGAUCAACCUCAUGCUCAUGAUGCACCGCCCUCGGACGUCCUCGACCAUCCGCUUUUUCAUCGCGCCGGACGACCUGUCCCAUGUCCUCCGAAGCUUUCCCUCCAUCGAGGCACUCGUCGGUAGCUGCUCGCACCUGUCCGCAGUCACGCCGCAGCCCAUGGGGGCGCCUUCCGCUGUGACGAUGGGCACAUGGAAGAGCGCGGUUUCGUCCAUGCCCGCACUGCGCCACAUCGAGACGGGCGGCGCCUGGGCCGAGUCACUCCUCUUCUCGCUCACCGCCGCGACGGGCCCGGCCGUGCUCCCGUUCCCGCCGCUCUUCCCCCAAUUCGAGAUGGCGUGCCCCGCGCUCGAGUCGGUCCAUGUGCUGGACAGGUCCCGCAACGACCCGCAGAUGCAGCGGUUCAUGGAGAACGUCGCGUGUGUGCUUGAGUCGAGGUACGAGUACUCCGGCAGGAAGCUCCCUCUGCUCAUACUGGAGAGCCCGAGAGAGAGCGCGAGGGCGAUUAUGUCGACAUUCGUGCAGCGCCUCUCUGUCGGCGCUGAGACGGUCGACAUACGCAGUCGCGCGACGGCGCCGAUUGCGCUCGACAACGCACCUAUACUGCCCAGUAGACCAAUGCCAGAGCCUCCUUCGUCCUCGUCCUCGUCCUCGUCCUCGUCCAUGUCCAUACCGGAGAGCAAACGAUCAUCCUGACAUUACCUGUCUACAUGGUCGUCUCGCUGUUGCGAGUAUCUAAUCAUAAUUCUUCGCUGCAUGUCCUCGAAUCUUCUGUGCAGCUAUUGCAGGGACAAAGUAUGUGUAGCGAUUAUUCAUCCUCAAGUGUUCUCUUAGAAUUGUUAUUCACUCGACGCUAAGUAUGGAUAUACAAAAACUAUGACCGGAUCAUCAAUCGCUACAGUGCUAUCGAUACAGAUACUAGGGUGUUACAAAAUCCUCAAAACAUUAUCAAGCGUGAGUUUCAUAGGAAUGGUGUAGUCCUUCUCGGCGAAGACGGCGCUCGGGCGGUGUUCU